UUUCUCUCAUCAGUCUCUCUCUAGAGGCAGAUCCUUCAACCAGAUGGUGAAACUCGCGACAGCGCGUGAGAUUAGAACGUACGGCCCUCGGCUCGGGAGGAGCAGAGCCGAGUACAUCAAUGCUGGUCUAUACUUGUUCGCCACCGUGGUUCUCAUCGGUGGUUUCACGGCGACAGGGUUCUCGUGGGAACCAAGAUCCGGCCUUGUCCUUAUUCUCUUGGCUCUGGUUCUUAUAGCCGCCGUUAAUGUUCAUGAUCUUGUGGCUCAUCUAGCUGGAAUUGAUUACCGGUUAAGGUUGAUGGAGUAUGAUUUGCAACUGGGUCUAGUGGAAUUUGCAGUCCCUCUGGUUCAGAUAGCGGGUUCGGUCGUCUUCUUCUUGGGAGUCUUUUUCGUUUUCCAUCAGGCAGAGAAAAAACUUGGACACAGUGGAAAAGAGAAGCACAUAUUAAACAUGCUUAUUGCUGGUCCGUUGCUUUGGGUGAUAGGAUCGAUUCACAACUCAUGCCAAAUCUACGAGAGAGCAGACAGUCAUGUUCAAAUUCUACAACAGUGUGUUCACAUCCCUUUCUUGGUUGGAUCCCUUUUAUUCUUGGUUUCCGCAGUUCUCAACAGCAUCGACCUAUCCGAGUCAUCACAUAGUGGCUUGAAGCUUCUUGGGGAAAGAUGGAUCUGGCUUGGGAUUUCCGGUGCAAUAUGUUUGUUUGUGGGAGGAUUGAUGAACGUUGUUAAGGUUUUUAACUUCGUUCAGAUCACUGGGAUUCGCCUCGAGAAACUACGAGGCGGAGCACAAGACCGACUUCUUGAAGAGAGAGAAGGAUAUCUCCCUCUUGUUGUUGAAGAGGAAAGAAUAAGGAAAAUGGAAGCUGACGAAGCUUGUAGAGCUAAACCACGGAACCAUAUAACUUCCAAGGCUGAAGUGGGAGGUGCAGAUACCGUGGUGAGAUCUUCUCCGACACCUUACAAGGAUGUUCUAGUCGGACAGAGCUGAGGAAGAUAAGUCAUGUUUAAAUGUUGUUUUUGUACUCCAUAUUCGUUUUUAUGAGCAGAGACCACAGAUUUUGCCGUUCUACGGAUACUAUGAUUAGUGUCCUUUUUUGGCCCUUUAUGAAUACUGAAAUGGGUUAGCAA